AUGAAAAACUUUCCCACACCCACCAACCUCCAACAACUGCAUGAGUUUAGAGGCUUGGCCUCCUAUUACCAUUGGUUCAUUAAAGACUUUUCAAAAAUUGCAGCUCUUCUCAACUUUUUAUUAAAGAAAAAUACCAGAUACUCAUGGACAAGUGCUCAGAAAGCUGCAUUCAUUAAUCUGAAAGAAAGGCUCAUAACUACUCCUAUUUUGGCUUAUUCUGAUUUCGAUGAACUAUUUCUUCUCUUUACUGAUGCUUCUGGCAUGGC